AUGAACGUCUUCUUUGUUUUCUCAGUGCUAUUCUUUGCUGCCUUGGGAAGUUGUGAUGAUGAUACAAGCCCCCUAGAAAAGUGCUUCCGGGACGCUGAUUAUGAAGAAUAUCUGGAGAUAGCCAGGAAUGGUCUGAAAAAGACAUCACGCUCGAAACACAUUGUGGUUGUCGGUGCGGGGAUGGCUGGGCUUAGUGCAGCCUACACUCUUUCACAGGCUGGACACCAGGUGACAGUUCUUGAAGCCAGUGAACGUGUGGGAGGACGAGUGAACACUUAUCGCAAUGAGGCAGAAGGCUGGUAUGCCAAUCUGGGGCCCAUGCGUUUGCCUGGGAGACACAGGAUUAUCCGAGAAUAUGUCCGAAAGUUUGGUCUGACGCUAAACCAAUUCCUUGUAGAACAGGAUAAUACCUGGUAUUUUAUGAAAAACAUCAGGAAGAGAGUCUGGGAGGUCAAGAAAAACCCCGGCCUCUUGAAAUAUCCUGUGAAGCCCUCAGAAGAAGGCAAAACUGCUGCACAGCUAUAUAAAGAGGCUCUCGGAAAGGUUGUAGAAGAAUUGAAAAGGACUAACUGCAGUUAUAUACUAAAUAAAUAUGACACCUAUUCAACCAAGGAGUACCUAAUUAAAGAAGGAAACUUGAGUCGUGGAGCUGUAGAUAUGAUUGGAGACUUGCUGAAUGAAGAUUCUGGCUAUUACCUGUCUUUUAUUGAGAGCAUGAGAGGUGAUGAUGUCUUCUCUUAUGAAAAACGGUAA